AUGGCUACUCCCCAGUUCACCCUUUACACCGACUCUGCCUCUCAGUGGGCUUAUGUUGCGCAUCUCGCAAUUGACGAGAAGGGAUACGCGCCUAGCGAAUACGAAGCCAAGCAAGUGGGCCUCCUCGAUGGCGAGAAUUUCUCUCCUUCAUAUGUCAAAAUAAAUCCGAACGGCACCAUUCCAUCCCUAACCUCGGCUUCUCUCGAAAAGCCUCUGAUUGAAAGUGCGGACAUUGCGAAAUAUGUGGACGCUAAUCGACCCAGCGGCCCUUCUCUAUUCCCAACGGAUCCCGCGCAGCUUGCCAAGGUCGAGGAGCUCAUUGCGCAUGUUCAUCAGGACAAACUUUCGACAAACCUUGUCCUUCUACAGGCCUGCGAUGCGCAAGAAUGGGAGGCAAAGAAAGCAAGUGUGGUGAAAGAUUUCCUUGGAAAUCGACAAGAAAAACUCGUCAAGUACGGUGCCGCGAAUCCGGACGUGCCAUUAUAUGCUAUGCGCACGCCUAUGAACGGACACAUUCAUGGUCUCUACACUGCCUCCGAGAUUGGACCCGAACAUGAACAGUUCUUCAAAGCUACGGAGAAAGGCUACAAGGACUACGCAGCGGGGCUCAAGGAACUUGAUUCCAUGCUGGUACUGCCCUUCGCAGCUGGCGAUCAAGUUACGGCUGCGGAUUUGCACAUUGUGCCUUGGUUGGCUCAUGCCAUGUGGGCUGCUGGUGGGAAAGGAGUUGGCGAGUUUGAACCUCUCAGGACUCUUAUCAGGAAAUCUGCCCCCAAUUUUGAUUUUGGCGAGAAGACCAAGAUAUGGUGGGCCAAUAUCUCGGCGAGGGAGAGCUUCAAGAAGAAUUAUCCCAACUUGCACUAA